AUGUCGUAUUCGGGGAGGUCAUUCAACACCAGUCCCUUCCCCGACAACCGUUAUCGCUCCAACGAAGGCCUUGCUGGACUCGGCCUUUCGACCGGCCCUAGCACAGGAGGUGGAUUCUUUGAAUCUAAAGAUCGCACUCUUCCUAUGUACAAGGACAAACCAUACUUCACACCGAAGCGCACGGCCCCUCGAAGAAGAUGGAGGCCGCUCUUUGUGCUGGGCAUAUGUGCGCUGACCUUGCUGUGGUACUAUAAGUCGUCGAUGCCGACAUGGCAGAGCCCAGCAAAACCUUUGGAUAUCGGGGCUGAGCUUUGGAAAUGGGCGCAGACCAUUGACGAGGAGGGCUCGUCAACAGCCAGGGCGGACUGGAACGAGCGAAGAGAAAAGGUCCGCGAUGCGUUCCUUGUUAGCUGGCAUGGCUAUGAGAAGGACUCCUGGGGCUCGGACGAGUACAACCCGGUCUCAGGGAGAGGUAGAAACAUGAUUGAAGGUGGCAUGGGCUGGAUUAUUGUCGAUGCCCUGGAUACCAUGAUCGUCAUGAAUCUGAGCACCGAGGUGCGUCAUGCGCGCGAAUGGAUCUCCACUUCGCUCAAAUAUACCCAAGAUCACGACGUGAGCACUUUUGAGACGACGAUUCGCAUGCUAGGAGGUCUGCUGUCGGCUCACUAUCUGUCUACACGAUACCCAACACUCGCUCGGAUCGCUGAUGACGACGUCGGCGCUGCUGGUGAGGAUUUGUACAUUGAGAAGGCGACAGAUCUGGGAGACCGUCUCCUCGGAGCAUUCGAGUCUCCGUCUGGUAUUCCUUACGCGAGCGUGAAUCUGAACAAGUCUGAAGGCUUGCCAUCCCACGGGGACGGUGGCGCCUCUUCUACUGCCGAGGCCACGUCGGUUCAACUCGAGUUCAAGUAUCUGGCCAAGCUCACUGGUGAGGCUGAGUACUGGAAAGCGGUAGAGAAAGUCAUGGAGGUGCUUGAUGAGCAACAUCCGCAAGAUGGUCUCGUUCCCAUCUUUAUCAGCCCUAAGACGGGUCAAUUCCAAGGCCAGAACAUCCGCCUGGGGAGCCGAGGAGACUCAUACUACGAAUAUCUCAUCAAGCAGUAUCUCCAAACUUCAGGGCAGGAGCCUGUUUACAAAGAACUUUGGGAUGAGUCUCUGCGUGGCAUCCGCAAGCACUUGCUGGCGUUCUCCCAGCAUGCUCAACUACUGGUUCUCGGAGAGCGUCCUAAUGGUCUGCGGGAAAGUCUCAGCCCGAAAAUGGACCACUUGGUCUGCUUCCUCCCUGGCACGUAUGCUCUCGGGGCCACUGGCGGUCGUCCUCUGGCCGAAGCACGAAAGUCGGCGGAUUGGUCCCAGCAACGUGAGGAAGAGAUUUUCAUCGCCAAAGAAUUGAUGAAGACCUGCUGGGCGACUUAUCUGAAAACUGCAACGGGCCUUGCACCCGAGAUUUCCCAUUUCAUCCUCGAUUCUCCACCUGUCAUGAUGGGAGACAAGUAUCCCGAUCCCAGCUCGACUUCGGGGAGCACCACACCCCACGAACUCAAAUCGAUAUCCAAACCCCUAUCUCGGCAAUCCGACGACUCCGAAUCCUGGCGUCAAGACAUUGAGAUUCACAACAUGGAUCGGCACAAUCUGCAACGGCCCGAAACCGUCGAAUCCCUUUUCUAUAUGUAUCGAAUCACGGGCGACGAGGUUUACCGAGAAUGGGGCUGGGAGAUGUUCAAGUCGUUCGUCAAGUACACCGCAGUUGUUGAGGUGGAAGAGACCGAACUCGUCGACGGCGCCAGCGUGGUGAAACGUAUUAAGGGGUUCACGUCACUCUCCGACGCAGACACUAUUCCACCAACGACACGUGAUAAUAUGGAGAGUUUCUGGAUGGCCGAAACCCUCAAGUACUUCUACUUGCUGUUCUCGGAACGGGACUUUAUCCCUCUCGAGGAUCAUAUCUUCAACACGGAAGCUCACAUCUUGCCUCGAUUCAAGCCGACCGGUGAGUUGAAGACCGGCUGGCAGAGAAAGGCAAAGGCCUCGCCCGGUGAGGCUGCAGCUGCGGCUGCUGUUUAG